AUGUGCGACUGGCCCAUAGAACAAGAAGGAUAUACAUGGUAUGGCUUGAAAAAUGAUAACAUAGUGGUCUUCCUUACAUACGCAGAGAUUCCCGUCCAAAAAUGUAUAGAGUUUGUAAAGCACGGUGAUGCUGGAGCGGUUAUCUACUUUGGUGGCACCACUAGAGAAACUUUUGAAGGGAGAGAAGUGGUCCACUUAGAGUAUGAGGCCCAUAUAAAGAUGGCACUAAAGACUCUUAGAAAUAUCGCAACAAACACUAUCAACUCAAAUCAUUCAAAGAUUCACCGAAUAGUCAUUUGUCAUCGGCUUGGAGUAGUGCCCAAGAAAGAGGAAAGUGUACUAAUAGCGUUAAGUAGCACUCACCGAGACCAUGGUUGGCGUGCGGCAGAAGAAGCACUUGAAGAUAUAAAAAAGAGCGCUGAGAUAUGGAAGAAGGAACAAUACUUCAAAGGCCAUUCAUGGAAAGGGUCCAAUGAUAACUAUUUACAAUAA